UGGAGGAAAGCACACCCAGGUCUCACAUUAAAGAAGCCAAACUGUCUGCUUCAAAGAAAAAAGGCAACAUCCUGUCACAGGCCAUGCUCUGGCAAAAGCCCACAGCUCCAGAACAAGCUCCGGCCCCACCUCGGCCAUACCAGGGUGUCCGUGUGAAGGAGCCAGUGAAGGAACUGCUGAGGAGGAAGCGUGGCCAUGCCAGCAGUGGGGCAGCUGUUACGCCUACCGCGGUGGUGCUGCCCCAUCAGCCCCUGGCAACCUACACCACAGUGGGUCCUUCCUGCCUUGACAUGGAAGUCUCUGCUUCUACAGUGACCGAGGAGGGGGCCCUAUGUGCCGGCUGGCUUUCCCAACCUGCCCCAGCCACUCUCCAGCCCCUGACCCCAUGGACACCUUACACUGAGUAUGUGUCCCAUGAAGCUGUCAGCUGUCCCUACUCAGCUGACAUGUAUGUGCAGCCUGUGUGCCCGAGCUACACCGUCGUGGGGCCCUCCUCAGUGCUGACCUAUGCCUCCCCUCCACUCAUCACUAACGUCACGACGAGAAGUGCUGCCACACCCACGGUGGGACCCCAGCUGGAGGGCCCAGAGCACCAAGCGCCCCUCACCUAUUUCCCGUGGGCUCAGCCUCUUUCCACGCUGCCCACCUCCACCCUGCAGUACCAGCCUCCAGCCCCAGCCCUGCCUGGGCCUCAGUUUGUCCAGCUCCCCAUCUCUAUUCCUGAGCCAGUCCUUCAGGACAUGGACGACCCCAGGAGAGCCAUCAGUUCCCUGACCAUCGACAAGCUGCUGUUGGAGGAAGAAGAUAGCAAUGCCUAUGAGCUUAACCACACCCUCUCUGUGGAAGGCUUCUAGGGCUGGAUCCCACUUGCGAGUCCUUUUCCCUGAAACUGGGAUUUAUAAACGAGGCAGGGGUUGAGUUCGGAUUCAUAUCUGUUUGGAGCGAUCGUUUCAUAACUACACUUUCUACCCAAAAGUAGAACUGUAGUCUUCCCUUCCCCCUUCCUUCUCUUUUUCCUAUUUCUUUUUUCAGUCCUCUUCCUUUGGGGAGAGAAUUACAGGGAUAUUGGGGAUAAUAUUUUAUGCCAAGUGUUGCCAAUUCUGCAGCCCACGUUGUUUCCAUUUCUAUCAUGUCUUCUUCCUCAGAGAAGACCUUCUCUUUCCGGUGUCCUCUGCUGUGUCAUAGCAGCAGCAGCCCUGUAGAACUGUCCUAGGGCCAGUUACACCCUCUGUAAUUCUGAGAUGUAUGGGUGUCCUGCGGGGAGACCAGCCCUGCCAGCAUGUCCCAGGUGAGGCAGCCCAGGGCAAACCUGGUGCCAGAGUCCUUGAGUUGUCAGUUCUCAUAGUUGCUCCUUUGUUUGCUGUUCUCAGCUAGAUUUACAGUCUAGGCAGCAAAGGCUCAAGGCUGGGGCUCAGCAUAGCGACAAGUGGGGAUGGGAGAGGAUCAUCAGGUUGGGUAGGGGCAGGUCAGUGAGUGGGGAGAGAGAUACAAGAGGGCUGGGAACACACAUUGGGCUUGGGGUAGGGUGUGGAAGGGGAAGCUGGGUCUUAUGGGGAGAAGAGGAAGGCUGAAGAGGGAUUUAGCUCCAGCUUACUUGAUUUCUAAAAUGGACAAUGAAUUCAGGAAAAAUACUGCAUUAAGAGUUAGUUUUGAAGCUCUUCUUGACAUAUUUCCAAGGAAAGCUGAAUUGUCAAAAGGAUGGAUAUGUUUGUCUAUUUGUGUCCCCCUCUAGACCAUCUGCCAUACCCCCUGAAGCCUAAUGGCAAGGGGUUCUGCUUAGUGCUGUUAUGUUGACUUUUCAAAUGUCUUAGGUCACCUAUAAGCCAGCAUUAUGAGGAGCCAGGGUUUCUUCCUUCCAAACACCAUCCUUCCUGGGGGUUUCUAGAGCCUUAGCCAGAACUACCAUUAGGUUUUAUUUCAAAUGUUCUCUUUUAUUUUUGCGGGUGAAACAUCAUUUUUAGGGGACUGGGUGCAGUUAUUGCCAGGGUGCUUAGCUCCUGAUGGUGGAUGUGUGCCUUGGGAACCAGCACAUCAUCUGCUGAUGACACCAUUGUCAACAUUAGGUGGUCAUUCUGGUCACUGGAAUCCACAUAGAAGUAAUAGACUUUGCUGGGAAAUGAACAGUGUCUUUGACACAUCUUUGCUAUUUUAAAUAAAAAUCCUGGACAAAGUUGCCUUCUUUAGAAGUUUUUCCUGUUUUGGGUUCUAUUUCAACCCAAAUUUCUUGGUAUCUGCCUAAAACCCCAGUACACAUAUUUUGAAUUAUUUUUAUUCAUACUUAAUGUUUCAUUUAAAAAGGUUUACACAGCAUUAUAGGUGACAAAUGUACAUCUUGGUUGACAGUAUGUGAGCAGGCAAGGGAGAGGGAAGUCUCAAUCCUGUUUGAUUAAACCCCUGGUUUCCCAUAGAAAUCUGUGCAAGAUUUUCCAGCUCUUUAAGGGUUUGAGAAGAUGCAGAAACAACCCUUAGAAAGGAGCUAAAGUUGGCAAAGUAUGUAUUUGUUAGAAUUGAAAUGGUAUCUUUUCCCCUUCUUAUCUUGAGGCCCAAUGCCUUGUUUGUAAUCAUCCAUCUAGGUUUCUUUCUGGGUUAUUCUGCUAAGAUGGAAACAUUUUCAAUAAAGAUUU